UCAUUUUGUAAGGUUUUGUAAUUGUUAGUGUAUCUAAAUACCUAGUUACUAGUAUUCUUUUUAUUCGAUAUGAGGCAGUGUAGUGUACCUAAGUGUAAAAACACCUUACAUUUACACGCCGUACCUUUUACUGACACAACUAGAUGGAAGGCAUGGUUGAUUAAUUGUCCAUAUUUCCAAGAAAGACUUGCUCAUCGGGAAUCAGCGUGCUCAGUGGGACUACAUCGAGAAGCUGUAUGCUGUUGAUGGUGUGGCAGGUGUCGGGUGGUCUACCAAAUUGUCAGACAAGCAUGUUAAACCAAACUCAUACGACAAGAUGAAGGUGAAACUUGCUGCGCAAGUCUUCAGCAGGGAUGUGGCCCACUGCUUGAGAAUACAGAUGAAGACAUAUCAACAACUACAACUAGAACAUGGUUAUUGUCCUCCAUCUGUGAACAUUGAUAAUGGACUUUUCACUGCUGAGAUCCUUUUAUUUAUUCACAAUUUAUUUAGCAGCCUUAACUCCUCCGGCCAUUCCAGUAGUGAAUUAUGUAAUUCUUUAUCCAUAAAUUCAUCCCAUCUCGAUUUUUGGAAUGAAGCAGUGAAGAAACUAGAAUCAAUGAAAUUCGAUGCGCCAGAUUCAAGAGAAAGUAAGCCAUUAUGUUUAAGAAAUUUUAUACAUGACAUUAAAACUAUAAAACAUCUCUGGUCAGAUCUCAGAUUAAUCUCAGGCGUUAAAUUUUUGAGUCUGACGCGUUUAAACCAGGAUCCCCUGGAAAAUUUCUUUUCUCAGAUUAGAGGUCAGGGUGGUUCUAGCACACACCCAGACUGUCAUAAUUUUGUUUCAUUGUUUAAAACAUUGUUAAUUAAUAACAUUACCACUGGUAAAUCUCUGUAUGCGAACUGCGCCGCCGAUAGUGAUAAAAUGCUUGGUACUCUAAGUAAUUUGGUUAGUAGACCAAAACUUGACACACGUUUUGUUGAUUACAGUUCUGAUAUUCAUAACGUAAAUUUUAUUGAAGAAUGUGUUCCACCUGAAAACAUUUUUCAAACGAAUGCUUUGUCUUAUAUUGCCGGUGCAGUUUGUCGGUAUUUAUUUCCGAAGUUGAAUUGUGAGCAAUGCCCAAAUUGCCGAAAUACACUGUUGUCUAACGAAAUUAAAUCAUUUCAUACUUUGAUUGAAAUGAAAGAAUAUGAUUCAAGUAACAAAAAAUUGUACUACCCGUCCAAUCAAUUGUUGUCCCUGGUAUGGGAGUGUAUAUCUAUCAUUGAAAAAAUUUUGCCAGACAUAUGUAAGGUUUACAUAUAUACAGAUUUAAUAUAA